GUUCUACAACUGGUUCAACGAUGAGCUCUUCAAAGCUCUCGAACCUGUCGUGGGCAGAGCUGCGUGACCGGGCUCGCCGCAUCGGUCGUCGUUGGAGCUCCGAGGAGCUGCCGACCGGGAAUGCCACCACAGUAGAAGAGCAACUGUCGGUUGCACAGGUUAACUCAGGGGAUGACGGCGAGGUGCUAAAAGAGCAUCCGAGCGUGGAAGAGCUUUCGGCCUCCGUUCCGCCAAAGAUGGAGACGAUGAAGGCAGCAAUCGCGGAUGGCGUGGCUGCUGCUGCGACGCCAGCAAUCGCGGAAGAUGGAGAAGCAUCGGAGGAAAGCACCGAGGUCAAUUGUGCUGCUGAUCCGCUGCAGUCGCUGGUGCAAGAGGAUGGAGCAUCAUCGCCUGCAAAAGUACUGCUACCACCACCACCACCUGCUGCCGUCCACAUUCAGGAGCUUAACCCUCUUCUCCCAGCCAUGACGAAGUCGCCAGGGUCUCUAGCAUCCGCAACCACAUCGCAGAAGCAAACACCACCAAAGAAAGAAGGCCCACCAUGGCAAGUGACUUGGACGGAUAACGGCGAUAACAUGGCUGCUGCUGUCCAAGUUCGUGUAGUCCCUAUUGGGGCCGCAAUUGACGGAACGGGAGAUGAAUCAAUCAACAACCAUUACCCUCCGACUACAAUGAGACCAGGUUUGAAGGUUUAUGGUGAUGAUGUCCGUCUCAGGCCAAGAAUCCGCUUCUAUUGGAGGAAAAGAAGGAAGAAGCGACGGGUAGCUGCUGCCGAGAAGCUCUCCGAUGUCAAACCACCACCACCACGGGGUAUGACGACUACUUGGAUGGAAGGAUCGCCAAAGAGGGGUGAGCGAUGGAUGGCGACACUCGGCGGUAAGAUGGAGGCCCGUGCCAACACCAAUCGUCGAUUCAAAGCGGAGGGAUCCAGUUUAUCUCCUCGUCGCGGGAAGAACUUCUUGCCGGAGAUGAAAGUCAGAUCGCGUUUGGCCGUGCCACCGGAGAAGCAGAAGGGCGUGGCUGCUCCAAAGUCGCCGAACGCUCCUCUGGGGUUCGAUUCGCCGUCGAUUACGGAGGGUGUGGAGAGGAGUACCGGGACGUCGAGGCCUACUCCCACCACCUGGCGAACUACUCGCCGCGAAACACGACAACAACCUGUCCACCGUCGAAGAAGAAAACGUCGCAGAGGGACUCGCCGGCAAAGGACAAUAAGGAGAAGAAGUAGAUCAGCGCCGAGGAGCUGCUACUCGCGUCGCCGGGAAAUGAAGCGCCGAGGAAGGAAGCAACGACGGAGACGGAGGAGGAUCAAACUAGGAAGAUGACGGACUUGUACCUUCCUUCCCAUCGUCACAGUGGUCGCUGUUCGAGGAGGAAGACGUCGGAGUCGGGGUGGCCGUCGGGUUGCUCGCCGCCGGGAAAACAAGGUGAGAGGAAGAAUGCUGGCGGCGGCAGUGUUGCUCCACCAGCAACCUAGGUCACACAUCAGAGGAAGAGCUAGUCCGUUUGGGCCACUCUACUUACCGGGCUGCAAUUCCUUAUGGGCCAGAGCGGAGUAUCGGGCUCGUUUUUUGUCUGCUGGAGUUCUCUGGGCUUGAGUUGGGUGGCGCAGAUCAGCAGACCUGUGAGAAGAAGGAUCAACAAAGCAGGCCUGAUCGAGUGGGCCAAGGGCUGAAAGAAACCCAUCUGAAUGGG